CUUACUUUCAAAAAUUCACACACUUUAAUCAUUAAUUUAUAACAUGUCUGCCAAGUCGCAAAGCUCUAACGACGAGGAGAGAGAUGAAAUUGCGCAGCACACUACUGAAAAGGUGGCCGAAGGUUCGGACGCAUCGGACGGCAGCUCCAGCGAGUCAUCAGAUGAUAGCGACUCUGAAGACUCUGACGAGAGUGAAGUCGAUAUAACCGAGCGAACCGACAUACCGGAAGACCUCAAACCACAAGUCGACCGGCUUCGGAUGCUGCGUGAGCGCCUUGCACAGUCGGCGCAGGAUAAUAAGCGCGAGGUAUACAAGGAGCACCAGCGGCUGCGCGAGAACCCCGGCGAUCAGAGACGGCAAGACAGGAAGCGCAAGGAGGCCGAGAUUCUCCAGAAGCGCGACGAAUACACCGGCAAUGACUAUGAGCGGACUCGGUUCUUGGACUACACUAUUGAGCAGGUCGAAAAAUACGAGAAGAAGAAGGGCAAGGGGCGGGACAAUGUUGAGCGCGGAUUCACAGACUACUCCCAGGUCAACCAGCGCAAGUACGAGAGGGAUGUGGCCAAGCUAAAGCCCGACUUGGCUCUGUACCAGAGAGUCACAGUGGAGGCUAGCGCGAGCGCUGUGAUUUUGGGCGAGCAGCAUAAGCCGGAGCGCCGGAAAGUCGAAAUGCUUGCAAAGACCGUCGAGGACCAGCAGAACAAGCGCGCGAAGCUGCACAAGCCGUCGAUCGAAAAGGAGGGCGAGGACGUGUCGUAUAUCAACGACCGCAAUGCCAGGUUUAAUCGAAAGAUGAACCGUGCCUACGACAAGCACACAAAGGAGAUUCGCGACAACUUUGAACGCGGCACAGCAUUGUGAGUCAAAUAUUUGUGCGUAUAUAAUGUGAAAAUAGCACUCAUGAUUCCACUCAUACAAGAAACAUUCGGAUGGUAUUUAUUGCGACGCCAAAUUCUGUCAUCAGCGCUUUUGGUACCACCCUGGUUCCAAACUAUGGUAGCCGCACUGGCAUGGUGACACAGUGGCGCGUGGCAUGGGGCGUUUGUGGUUUAUAUAAUUCAUAAACAUGUUAAAUGUGCG